AUGACCAUGGAUGCUGCACCUGAUUAUCAGCAUCAGCCUCCACCAGCUGAAGCGGCCAGUGCUGAGGCCCGGCUGAAAGGUCACCUUGGGCAUCUCACCACAGGAGAAGAGUCGGCAUUUGAGGAGUUCAGGAAGCUGGCCGCAAAAGAAGGCCUCUAUACUCCUGCUACCGACGUUAAGAAAGCCAGUCAUGACGAUGGUACCCUCAUCCGCUACCUACGAGCUCGAAAGUUCGUCCCUCAAGAGGCCUUUGCCCAGUUCAAAGACACAGAGAUAUGGCGCAAGGAUAACGACUUGGACGCUCUUUAUGAGAAAAUAGAUAUCCAUGACUAUCAGGAGGCUAGGAGUGUCUACCCACAAUGGACUGGUCGCCGAGACAGACGUGGCAUUCCCGUCUAUCUCUACGAAGUUGGCAAGCUAGAUUCCAAAAAGAUGAUAGCAUACUCCUCCUCCACCUCCAAAUCCAAGGAAAAAGGUCCCUCGCCUUCGAGGAUGCUCCGGCUUUUCGCGUUGUAUGAGAACCUCACUCGGUUUGUCAUGCCCCUAUGCUCUGCGGUACCCGGAAGACCCAACCCUGAAACACCCGUCGACCAGUCGAACAACAUUGUCGAUAUUUCACAUGUAGGACUUAAGCAAUUCUGGAAUCUGAAGAGUCAUAUGCAGGACGCAAGCACGCUGGCUACGGCUCAUUACCCCGAAACAUUGGAUCGAAUAUUCAUUAUCGGUGCACCCUCAUUCUUCCCAACUGUCUGGGGUUGGAUUAAGAAAUGGUUCGACCCUAUUACUACCUCCAAAAUAUUCAUCCUCUCUCACAAACAAGUCCUACCUACUUUAAUAUCCUUCAUCGAUAUCGCAAACAUACCCAUGAAGUACGGCGGGGAAUUGGACUUUGAAUGCGGGAAAACACCAGUUUUAGACCAACAAGUUAGAGACUGUCUCAGCAUAGCAGCAGGCUCAGAUGCAGAAAGAUUAUUUCUCUCAGCACCGGUCAGAUGGAUCGAUGCUGGAGACGACGAGAUGACAGCCUUGGGCGUGGGAAGCAUCGACGGGAAACAAAGGAAGGAGGCCGUCGCAACGCUGCACUCUCUUGCUGUUCGCGUUGCCACAAGUUCGAGCAGACAUACACAGCGUCAGGGAACCGAGACUGUGGGUGCGCCCGCAAGUCGGCCAUUCACACAUCACAAUCAAACAGCACUACCCGGUCGCCCUGCCUCCAAAGGCCAGGCGACGCCCUCAAGCCAACCUACGGGUAUCCAACCUGCCCCGAACGCAGAUCUCAGCGUUGCAUCUCUACACGAUCAACCAGUCCCCGCAGGUGGCGUUCUGCAACAUCACCUUCAGAAUGGAGGACCGCCAGAAAAAAUCAGCAUGCCUACACCUCCUGCUCAGAUGGAGCGCACAAAGACCGAUUUCUUCACACCUCCUAGCGAUCCUUCAGAAAUUAAGACUCUCGAAUAA